GCAACCCAUAGUUUGGCAUUGCAUAAUAACACGAGGUUGUCAAAAAGGAACUUGUCAAUCUCCUAAUCGGACGGUAAAUAAUUUCAUCAGCAGCCAUGGCCAAUUUUGGAAGCAGCGACGCGACCAAACCAAACGUCGAUCCUGAGUUACAGGACUUUCUGAUGGCUGAAAACGAGCGUGCCCGGCUCAGCGCACAGAUCCACGAGUUUACCGACAUCUGCUGGGACAAGUGUGUGGAGAAACCGAGCAACAAACUGGACAGCCGGACGGAAUCAUGCUUAGCGAACUGUGUGAACCGUUUCGUCGAUACGUCGCUUUUGAUAACGCAGCGUUUUGCGCAAAGUUUGCAGAAGAGUCAAGGAAUGUAAAGAACUUGCUAUACACGGUACGCGGGGUUCCUUGGCCGUGCGGGGUGGGGAAAGCAUUUCACGGGGAGUAGUUCUUAGUUUCGACCCUAAGCAUGAUGGUGUUCUGUUAAAUAUAUGUGCCUGGAGGCACAAAAAAAUACCUCUAAA